GCGCGGCGCCCGGCGGGAGGAGCGCGGGGGCGGGGCGGCGGAAGUCGGCGUCUGCGGCGAGGAGAAGGACGGGGGCGCGGCCCAGGGGGAGAGCCCGGCGGACGGCCCCGCCCCGGCCCCGCCCCCCGGCCGUGGGCGGAAGUGACGACAGCAGCCGAGGAGGUCACUUCCUGCUAGGGUGGAUGAGGAGGAGCCGGAGACGCCGCGGAGGAGACGGGAGCGAAGACGGGCCGCGCCGGGGAGAGCAGGAGGGCGAAAAUGAAAGCAGGCUGUAGCAUCGUGGAAAAGCCCGAAGGAGGUGGAGGGUAUCAGUUCCCUGACUGGGCCUAUAAAACCGAGUCCUCCCCGGGCUCCCGGCAAAUCCAGCUGUGGCACUUCAUCCUGGAGCUGCUGCAGAAGGAAGAGUUCCGCCAUGUCAUUGCCUGGCAGCAGGGAGAAUAUGGGGAGUUUGUCAUCAAGGAUCCCGAUGAGGUGGCCCGCCUCUGGGGCCGCAGGAAGUGCAAACCCCAGAUGAACUACGACAAGCUGAGCCGGGCCCUCAGAUACUAUUACAACAAGAGGAUCCUUCAUAAAACAAAAGGGAAAAGGUUUACUUAUAAAUUUAACUUCAACAAGCUGGUGAUGCCCAACUACCCAUUCAUCAACAUUCGGUCAAGUGGUGUGGUUCCGCAGAGUGCGCCACCAGUGCCAACCGCCUCUUCCCGGUUCCAUUUCCCACCGCUGGACACGCAUUCUCCCACGAGUGCCGUGCGGCCGGGGCGGUUCUCUGCUGGCUCCCUCACUGCUUCUGGCCAGGAGUCGGCCAGUGGCGCCGACAGAAAGGCAGAGCUUCCGGAGCUGGAGGACAGCUCAGCCGCCGACUGGCGCCGGGGCGUGGAUCUCCUGUCCUCCUCCCGGAGUGCCGCUGGUGGAGGGCUUGGCCAUCAGAAACGCAAGCCUGACAUAAUGCUUCCUCUGUUCACCAGGCCAGGGAUGUACCCUGACCCCCACAGCCCCUUCGCUGUCUCUCCGCUCCCCGGCCGCGGAGGUGUUCUGAACGUCCCCAUCUCCCCGGCCCUCUCCCUGACUCCCACCAUCUUCUCCUACAGCCCGUCCCCAGGCCUGAGCCCCUUCACCAGCAGCAGCUGCUUCUCCUUCAACCCCGAGGAAAUGAAACACUACCUUCAUUCUCAAGCCUGCUCUGUGUUCAACUACCAUCUGAGUCCCCGGACCUUUCCCCGUUACCCAGGACUCAUGGUCCCGCCACUGCAGUGCCAAGUGCAUCCCGAGGAGUCGGCCCAGUUCUCCAUCAAGCUGCAGCCACCGCCAGCUGGGCGGAAGAACCGGGAGAGAGUAGAGAGCAGUGAGGAGUCAGCCCCCAUCACCACUCCCACCGUGGCUCCUGUCCCCCCAAGAAUUAAGGUGGAGCCAGCCUCUGACAAGGAUCCCGAAAGUCUCCGGCAGUUGGUGCGAGAGGAGGAGCGCUCCCACGAGGAGGGCACUGUGCCAGGCAGGACCAUAGAGGAGGAAAAAGGCACCAUCUUUGCCCGCCCGGCCGCACCAGUCUGGCCCUCUGUCCCUGUUAGCAGCCCGAGUGAAGAACCCCUAGAGGUGACUGAAGACAGUGAGGACAGGCCUGGCAAAGAGCCCAGUGCGCCCGAGAAGAAAGAAGAUGCCCUGAUGCCCCCCAAGCUCCGGUUGAAGCGGCGCUGGAACGACGACCCUGAAGCCCGAGAGCUGAGUAAGAACGGCAAGUGCCUGUGGAGUGGGUCUGGACCCCAGGGCUUGGCCACGGCCGCUGCCGACGCCUAGGACUGGAGGUGGAUUGGGAGCUGUUUAUACUAUAAUCACAUGCAGACGUGUAUUUAUGUAGCGAGAUUUCAGGGUUGGGGGGAGGGGAGGGAAUUAGACCGGUUUGAUCAUUCUAGGGGCAUAGACGUCUUUUUAUGUUUGGGGGAUGGGAUGGGUAUCUUCUGUUGUAAAUUAGGUGGGACGUGAACACUUUUUUCCUGGUGAGUAGCACACGGGAAGGGAAAUGAACUAAAAGGAGGAAGAGCCUCUGCUUCCUGGGGAGGCUACGCUUUCUGACAGACUCCCAGGGCGCCAAGGUGCCCUUGGUCCCAUUAGAGUUCAGGUUCCAGACUUCUUUCUUUUCUAUUGUAUUUAUAUAUGAAAAGCC